UUACUUGCAGCCUUAAUAACCCUAGUGUAGUUGAUAGGCUUUAAACCCCAUUAACCAACCAGCCAGGAGGAUGGGGGGGGGGGCAGAGAGCGAAUAUCGUAGAUGUAUGUUUUCCCCAUUUCCCAGCCUCGAGCACAGGCUGCCAGGGUUCAUGGGAAGACGGUGUGGAGGAACUUGGGAACAGACGUGGUAGUGGAGAACAUGGAAUGGAAGAUGAAGAAGAAGAAACAGAGAAGGAUGAUGAUGAACGCUUGGGAGAAGAGAAACGUGAAGUGAUAACUCAUGAAGAAGAGGCUGAGAUGGAUGUUAGUACUAAUGUGGCAACAGUAACAGCGAUAGAGGUAGUAACAGCAACUGACACUGCCAUCCGAACUUACACAAUCGUAAACAGCAGUCGCGACGCCUAUGCUCCCAGCAUCAGGGAUAAACAGGCCUCUGCUCCUAGCACCAAGAAUCAGCAGGCCUCUGCUCUCAGCGUCAUAAGAAAGCCCAGGACGGGAGCCCCUAGACCCUCCAGCGCCCAACGCGUGAAACAAGCAGCCUUUAAACCCGUAUUCAAUGCUGCAUCAAAACGCGCUGAUACACACACCAUACCUACGUUUACACGCAUCCCUGGAGAACCGUAUCGGGCUUCCGUGGGUAACAGCAAGCCUGGUAGCAGCAAGUUCACCCAUGGCAAGCUGACAAGACCGUACUCAGCCAGUGAGAAGACUAGACUAUCCACACAACACAAGCAACACCAGCUGCAACACACAAAUACAUCACUCCUGCAGUUCGAAGGCACGACACAGAGGCCAACAGCAGCAGCGGACACCCACCGUCCACACACCACCUCGCGCCUCCAUCCUGCGAGCUGUGGGACGUGGCCAGGCGGGGGCAGCACUGGACGACAAGCCGCUGGUGCUGCUCACCCACCACCUGCCCACCGACCCAGGAUCACCUGGGCAUCUCAGCCACCUCGCUACCACGGGACUAGGAGAAGUUCAGAUUCCACAGCCUCCCUCGCCUCUUCCCUGAGCGACCUCACUGAUGACGGAGUCCGCUCAGCCAACUCUGCCGCGGAGUGUGACCGACAAGAUGGUGACUCUGACGAUGACGAGGAGGAAGCUAGCAGCGGCCUCCUGAGGGAGAGCCCAAGCAAGAGGCCAACUUCGGCGUACAGGGCCACUGAUAGCAUACGCCGUAUCGAGCCCUCGCGGCUGUCAGUGAGUGUGGUCAGCAGUGGAGGAAGCUGGACACCUCGUAGCGACACCACCACCCUCACGCCCGCCUCCACGCCCCGCCUGCAGCGCCGCCGCACACCCACACCCGCACAUACAUCUACCUCGGCACCCAGGACGCCUGUGAGACGCCGCCCAUUCCCCCACAGGAGAGUUUCCAGCGCCAGGCCCGCCACCUCCACCUCGCCUGUCGUCAAACUCACCUACACUGGCAGCCUCGAUGAAAUCGCAGGGGUGCGUGGUGAUGGGGGUUCGAGCCUGGGACUUCAUGCCGGCCCUACCAGCCUGGAACUACCUCGGCCCAGCAGCGCUACCGUCUACUGCCCCUCCUACAGGCUCUCCAGGCCUUCUUCAGCGCUCGCAAGGACCCAGUCACAGCGUCGGCCAGGGUCGUCUACAUCUGGAGGAACCUGGAGUCCACGACUCCUGCCGCAACACAGGUCACUCAGCACCGUUUCACUGGCUGACUCGCAGAUCCUGGCCAAGUUCAUGGACGGACUGGAGAACACAGAGGUACCAGCUCGUGACCUGCGUAUCUUGGAGCUGCUGGCCAUGAAACACGAGAAGCUGUACGCUGAAGAACAACGUUCAUACAUGGCACACAGAACCUGGCUGCUGCAGAAGGAGAGAGAACAGAAGGAAGCGGCGGCGCAGUGGACUGAGUGGCGGCUGCAGGUGAACGAGAAGCGACGUCAGGAGAACCAGGAGAACCUACGGAGGUGGCAGCGGACGGAGGAGGUGUACCUGCAGAGUCAGGAGAACCUAUUUCACCUGAUUUCCAGCAAGGAGCGCCGCGCCAGGGAGAUCCUCAGCGAGCAACACCAAGCCAGGAUGCGCCGCCUUGAGGAGCGACGGGCCUCAGAGUGCGCCAGGAAAGCGGCACAGGAGACGGCGCUGAAGCUGAAGGAAGAAGCCGAAGAACGCAAGAGGCAGCACCUCAUCCAGCUGUGGGAGCAGCAGCAGCAGCUGGUGGAGCAGAGGAGGAGGGAGAGAGAGGAGUUCUUCAGGAAGCGUGUGGAGGAGGGUAACUGGGUGGAGGCGGAGCAGCAGGAGGCCAGGAGGAAGCAGGUGGAGGCCCGGGGUGAGGCGCUGCUGGAGGCCAUGAAGAUCAACAUGGAAGAGAGGCUAGCCAGAGCGCACAAGAACCUCCAGAUGCUUAAUGACAUGAAGGAGGACACCAUCAGGAGGCAUAGGGACGAGCGAGAGCGACGGUCGAGGGCAGUGCGAGCCCUCCAUCACCAGCUGGAGGCUGCCAUGAUGCAGUGGAGGCAGCAUGUACUCCGCCGCCAGCUGGACUCCAUGGCAGCGGCUGAGGCGCGCCAAGAGCUUUAUCUCAACACUAGAGCCUCACGCAUACAAGCUGACCGCACUUCCCGCUCACACCACCAGCAGCAACUUCUACAACAAGUAAUGGCACGGGAGGAGGCCGAGCUGCAGAUAGCCAAGAAGAAUCUGGAGGCUAAGGACUUGCGCUCGCUGGGGGUAUCACGGGAGAGGGAACGACAGGUCUGUAGGGCUCGAACCACGGCCCUCACUACGGCAGCUCUCAGGGAGAACCUCAGGAAAAAAUUGUCGCCGGAGACGUUUGAUAAAGUGGUGGCGCGCGCCAAUUUGGAACUUCGCAUUGAGAAUCGACCACCAGCCACUUCCUCCAUAGGCAGCCGUUCUCAUAUUUUUCUAGGUUGAGCCCCUCACUGCACCUGUGUCCCCAUUUUCUCUCAACAGUUGUGAAAAGCUUUUGCUUCUGCUUCCUUAGUAAGGCCUGUUGUAGGCAAAUACAUCACGGUUGAAAUCGUAAGAUAGUAGGUCCGCCGGUACUGUCCCGGCCCGGGUUGGAAAUCGUAUAAUCAAUAACUCAAGUUCAGAAAAAAAUAUGGUAGAACCGAAGACAAAGCAUUUUUUCUUUACUACAAAGAACCUUUUCGUACAAUCCACGGUAGAUUUCAAUAAUGCACUGCAACUGUAUAUCCUGUAUGUGAUAAUAUAAGAUGUACACAAGAUAAAUGAAAGACAUACCCUACCCUAUAGUGUGAAUAAGUCAACAACUGGUGUCCACUUUCCGAGAAACUAAGUCCAGAAAACAGAGCAGAAACAAAGUUCCCACAAAAGCAGACCAGAGUCUGACUCGCACAUGACCUAGAUUAUGUCUAUACAUAAUAACAUGAAAUGUUGUGUAAAGUAUGUGCUUGCGUUUAUGGAUACCCUGAAUGAAAGUCCAGUAGCGACCCGUUCUCUCGGGUAAGCCAACACUGGAGUUAAAUAUAACGAAGUCUACAUUGGGCAUAUAAUUUACACAGCCAAAGCUCCGGGAAACAAUGUCCCAAAAUGAUAUGCCUGACAGAAGUUCAAAACCUCCACACGUCCCCCACAGGACUUCGUCGACAAAAAAAACAACCUCCGAGACAGUCCUCAGUGACAGCGUGUAAGAGAUGUUUUCGUAUAUGGUUGUUUUUAAUGAACUUGAGUUCAUAGCUCUCUUGCAGCUUGAUCAGCAAGACUAGACUGAAUCAAAAUCAAGUGUGUGAUGGGGUACCGGCCAACACCAGGCGGAAAACCAAGACACUAACCUCCAAUUAGAUGGGGCAGCUUUCACCAUGCCUCUCCUCAGAACACUGCAAUUGUUAACAUUAACAUUAAUAUAUACAGUACAUAUAUAUAUAGUAAUGACACAGGUCACUUGCAUUAAAUUAUAACAUAACAUUAGACAAACAUCAGUAAUGUGCAUAUAUACGUUAAAACAACCAUGUUUUCAUGUGUUUUGUUCUGCCUUCAUCAUAUGUCCAACCUUAUGUGGUUUUUACACUUUUAGUUUUAUUGAUUUUACUUAAUCUUAGAUGGAUGAUCUCUCACUUAAUCCUGCUAUGGAAAUCCAUUCAUUAGCAUAUUUUCUCCCGUAUACAAUAAAUGCAAUAGUUUAGAAAGGCACGUAAGCAAACACCAUGAGUCCAUGACAUAUUUAUUAAAAAACGUUUCGGUCCUGGGA